AUGGGGAAUGAGAGCAAUACAUCUUGCGACAACAUAGAUGACAAUGUCAUACCUAAAUCAUACAGAUAUGCAUUGCUGUCAAUAUACACUAUUGUGCUUAUUGGAGGGAUCAUCAGCAUGUCCCUCAUGAUCAACAACAUCAAGUCCAACGCCUGCUCGGUGACCACCACAGCCGUGUUGAACCUGAUCAUGGUCCACAUCCUCUUUCUUCUGACCGUGCCCUUCCGCCUCUACUUCUACGCGGCCGGCGAGUGGCAUCUCGGUCCUAACUUCUGCAAGGUGGUCAGUGCCAUGAUCCUCGCUCACAUGUACCUAGCCUUCAUCUUCUACGUGAUAAUUCUGGUGAUCCGCUAUCUCGACUUCUUCAGGAGUUCUAAGCAGGUGUUCUACAGGAGGCUACAUGCCCUAGGGGCCAGUGCUGCUGUCUGGGGCCUCAUUCUCAUUGUGGUGGUCCCUUUAACUGCUGUGAAAUAUGGAUCAUCUAUAGACAGUAACACAACCACCAGUGACAAUCAGUGCUUUAACUUUGGAGGGAUUUUUGAUGAGAAACAUGCUGUGGCUGUGCUGAACUACAUCCUCAGUGCUCUCAUCAUCAUACUUACAUUAGCUCUGGCCUGUUGUCAGAUGUGUAUUCUGUGGUGUGUGUACAGAACUCACAGGGCGAUGAUCUUCUCGCAACAGGAGUUUUGGGCUCAAAUCAAAAGUAUUUUCUUUAUGCUGGCCAUUAUAGUAUGCUUUGUUCCAUACAAUAUAUUCAGGAUUUACUAUGUGAGUCAUUUUAAUGCCAAUCUCCAGGUAAAGAAUGAGAUUGCUCUCGCUGUCACAACAUUCAGCUGCUUUGACAUGCUGACUUUUAUGGGGAGAGGGUCAUUCAGACCCUGUGAUACAAUAUGCUGUGAUUAUCAAUACUGA